AGGUAUAAAUCUGCAGUCUUUUUGUUCUUCUAAAAAGCUAACAAGAAAACCGCAGGAGAAAGCGCUCAGUCAGUUCAAAGGAGGCGUUCCAGGAAAAGAUCCACCUGUUGAAGGUGAAACUGUCUUGCACCUGCUGAAAGGAACUGGACCAUUUCCGGGGGGGAAACUUGGCAGUUCUACUAGAAAAAAACCAUGCUUUGUAUUUAAAUUGUCUCAUGCAAAUAAUACCUGUUAUUUUUAUUUCAUUCUGUGAGAGAAAGCAUACAUUUAAAAGCUUUUUCCAAAAACAUCCAGGAAUUGAUUGGGCUUUGGACGAACGCAGCCAGAUGUAUAAAGCAGCAAAUGACAACGAACUUGAAUCCACCCCUAGUGAAGCAUCGCAGUUUUUCAAUGAAACCUAACAUUCUUCUAAAGACAGUGGCGAGACGAGCAGCUCAAUCCCAUUCCAUGAUGCGUGCAAUCAAUACGGCUUACUCCUGAGUAAGUGCGCACAGGAUCUGGGCUGGCAAAAACGCAUAACUGCAGGUGAAGACUUUCCAGAUUCUCGGACUCUCCCUUGUUUACGGCAACCCCCCGUGAACUCCCUUGCACUUCCGAGUACCCGUGCACGUCGGAAGGCGUUGCACGAGCAAAACGGAGGAAAGAACGCCGCAUCCCUACGCUUGUAGCCCGGGCCGCUAAAUAACUGCUAUUGGAGGCGCACCACGCCGAUCUUCCGACGACCCUGCCUUCUUCCGUGAAGCAUCAUAAGAGGCUGAAGCCGAACGCGACUUAGUCCAUCCCCCUUGGCCGUUGCAGGGUUUUCUCUGAUAGGAGGCAGAACGGAAACCUGCAAGUGAGUGGCAAGCAACCCUCCAAUCAAGGGGCGAACCUAAUAGCCGCCUCGGGUUCGUUCUCCAUUAGCAGUCAGCGCUAAGCUAUUAGAACUGUAAAUGCAGUUAGGUCGGCAUUGCUAUAACUUCAAGGGAAGAAGCUGAAUGGUUGCAGGGUAGGCUGCAAAAUUGUGCCUUUUUUGCCAGAGACUUGCAUAGGAUGAAUGCGUUUGCAAUGCUUGAGAUGGCUUCUCAUUAGACGCUACUCCUUGCUGCCCAUCCUGCGAAGGUGCGACUCGAAAUGGCCAAGUACCGGCUAAUCCUGCUGAGGCACGGGGAAGGGGCCUGGAACAAGGAGAACCGCUUCUGCAGCUGGGUGGACCAGAAGCUGAGCGGCGACGGGGUGAAGGAGGCCCAGACCUGCGGCCGGCACCUCAAAAACCUGGGCUUUGAGUUCGACCUCGUCUUCACGUCCAUCCUCAGCCGCUCCAUCCAGACUGCUUGGCUGGUGCUCGAGGAGAUGGGGCAGGAGUGGGUCCCCACCGAGGCUUCUUGGCGGCUGAACGAGAGGCACUACGGGGCCCUGAUCGGCCUCAACCGGGCAGAAAUGGCGCUGAACCACGGGGAGGAGCAGGUGAAGCGGUGGCGGAGGAGCUACGAUGUCACCCCGCCCCCCAUCGCCGAGUCGCACCCGUACUAUCACGAAAUCUAUAACGACCGCAGGUAUAAGCUUUGCGACGUCCCCUUGGAGAAACUCCCCAAGGCCGAGAGCUUAAAGGAAGUCCUCGAAAGACUCCUUCCCUACUGGAACGAGAGGAUAGCGCCGGAGGUGAAGAAGGGCAAAACGGUACUCAUCUCUGCUCACGGGAACAGCACGCGAGCACUGCUGAAGCAUUUGGAAGGCAUUUCUGAUGAGGCCAUUGUCAACGUCACGCUUCCCACCGGCAUUCCCGUCCUCCUUGAGCUUGAUGAGGAUCUACGUCCACUUGGCCAGCACCAGUUUCUGGGUGAUCAAGAAGCCAUCCAAGCUGCCAUCAAGAAAGUGGAAGAUCAAGGAAAAGCCAAGCCUGUGGAGAAAUAAAGACCACUUUCCCCCCACUGCACGCUCUCUCUCAUCCGUUAUCCUAUGUGGUAACAGAUGAUACUUGGUGAUUGCACUAUGCCAACUUUUGUUUAAUUUUAAGUGCUCUGUAAGUGGUAGGUAACAGUAGUUAGAUGUUAGCACUUUAUCUUUGGAGCCUUGAGGUCAGAUUCCUAGCCUGAUAGCAAGUGAAUUCACUAGAUUCAUUGCUGUAGCUGCAAAGACCAUUGCUGUAACCUUCCCAAAUCCUGUGUAUUAUAAGUGGGAAAUUUAACGCUGUUUGCAAUUGCACAAUUCUCUUGUAGAUCCACCUUCUUCUGUACAGUUCGAAUUGGGAAGCUGGGUUUUGGGUGGAGGGAGAGAGCUUCUUGUCUAUUUUUGCUUGCGGGGUUUUUUUUUGUCAGUAAACUCACACUCACACCAGCCA